CAUUCUCCUGUGAAGCGUCACACAAUGAAGUUCGUCAUCCUCUCAGCCUUAGCAGCCGUGGCUUUAGCCGCCCCCCAGUACAACUACGACGCCCCCCGAGGUUCUUUCAGGGGCGGCGACUCCAGCGAGGAGAUCGCCAUCCUCAAGGACAGCCGCGAGCAGGAUGAUUCGGGACGAUACGUCGUCGACGUCGAAACCGCCAACGGCAUCAAGUUCACAGACAGCGGUUCCCCUGGAGCCAACGGGGCUGUUGCCGCUUCUGGAGCCUUCUCGUACACUGCUCCUGACGGCACCCCAGUCCGACUGCAGUACGUCGCUGACGAGAACGGCUUCCAGCCCCAGUCCGACCUCCUGCCAGUGGCCCCUGCAUUCCCCCACCCAAUCCCCCAGUUCGUCCUCGACCAGAUCGCCUUCGCUGCUAGCCAGGACUCCCGUGAGAGCAGGGGUCCUUCACGAUCUUACGGUGCACCCAGAUAUGACUAGGAGGGUAGCUGUCCUGCAAGAUGAAUGAGAUGUAUGAUAAUCCUUAUUUAUAGAAAUAAAUAUGUAUCCCUAA